AUGGAAGAAGACACACUGGAGCAUCAGCGCGCGCCCCCCAGCCGCAUUUCUGUAGAGAGGACUCUGGCUUUGAUCAAACCCGACGCUAUUGAUCAAGCAGAUCAGAUCCAGGAAAUAAUCCUUCUGUCCGGAUUCACCAUUCUACAGAAACGUAAGCUUCAACUGAGCCCCGAGCAGUGCAGUGACUUCUACACCGAACAUUACGGACAGCCAUUUUUUCCGAGUUUGACAGCCUUCAUGAGCUCUGGCCCGGUCAUGGCUCUUGCACUGGCGAGGCAUCGGGCCAUCGCAACCUGGAAAGGUUUGAUGGGACCAAGCGACAGCACCAAGGCCAGAGAGACACAUCCUGACUGCCUGAGAGCUCAAUUUGGGACAUCUGACUUGAGGAAUGCUGUGCACGGCAGUGAAACGUUUUCGGCAGCUGAAAGGGAGCUCAAGUUCAUGUUUCCCAACUCUGUAAUUGAACCCAUUCUUCAGGGCGAAGCUGCCAUAGAGUACCUGAGCAGGAACAUACAUCCAACACUCCUCACCGGCCUGACUGAGCUGUGCAAGAUAAAACCAGCCGAUCCGUUCACAUGGCUGGCUGACUGGUUGAGUCAAAACAACCCAAAUACACCCCAAAUAACUGAAGGGACUGUAGUUGAAAAUGGAGUUUGA